AUGAAGAAAGAACGUUCAGUGGAUAAUUCCAGACCGUUUAAAUUAGCUCAUCAAAUAUUAAGUUUGACUGGUAUUAGCUUCGAGAGGAAGAGCAUAAUUGGCUUCGUGGAAUUGACAAUAGUACCUUUGAAAGACAAUUUGAGAAGCAUUAAACUAAAUGCUAAGCAAUGUAGAAUUUAUAGAGUCACAUUAGGCGAUUGUGAGGCUACUUUUCAAUAUUUUGAUCCCUUUUUGGAUAUCUGCAAAAAUGAUUCAAAGACGAGGUCUUUGGAGGUAUUUUCCAAGUGUCACUUAGCGGCUGCUCAAAAUAUAGAUCCUGAUUGUAAUGCAGGAGAAUUAUUUAUCAAUGUGCCCCAUGAAGCAAGCCAUCUCAUUGGUGAAGGUAGAGGUUUAAGAGUUGGAAUAGAAUUUUCUUUAGAGCAACCUCAAGGUGGCUUGCAUUUUGUUGUGCCUGAAACUGAAGCACCAUGGAAGAGGGCAGCUCAUAUGUACACCUAUGCACAUGAAAACUCAUCAAGACUCUGGUUUCCUUGCGUGGAUUCUUAUGCAGAGCCUUGUACUUGGAGUCUUGAGUUUACUGUUGACGCAGCAAUGACAGCUGUCUCUUGUGGUGAUCUUGUAGAAAUUACUAUGACGCCUGAUAUGAGGAGGAAGACUUACCAUUAUGUUUUAAAUACACCUGCUUGUGCUCCUAAUAUUGCUUUAGCUGUUGGACCUUUUGAAACUUAUGUGGACCCCCAUAUGCACGAAGUGACCCACUUUUGUCUACCACAACUAAUGCCAUUAUUGAAGAACUCUGUUCGAUAUAUGCAUGAAGCUUUUGAGUUUUAUGAGGAAACUUUAGCUACAAGAUAUCCAUAUCCUUGUUAUAAGCAAGUUUUUGUUGAUGAGACUGUUCAAGAUGUAGCUGCCUACACUACCAUGAGCAUUCUGAGUACUCAUUUGCUUCAUUCCAUAGCUAUAAUUGAUCAAACUUAUAUAACCAGGAAAGCAAUGUCUCGAGCAAUAGCUGAACAAUUCUUUGGCUGCUUCAUUACAAUGCAGAGCUGGUCUGACACCUGGCUCAAUAAAGGAAUUGCUGAAUAUCUAUGUGGGUUGUACUCGAAGAAAUGUUUUGGAAAUAAUGAUUACAGAGAGUGGGUUAGACAGGAAUUGUUGGAUGUUGUGGCUUAUGAAGAACAGUAUGGUGGUAUAGUUUUGGAUCCCAGCCAAGCGCCUGCACCUCUUCCUGUUGCCGCUGCCUCUGGCACAUCUCCUAAUGUACACCAUUUCCCUACCAGAAGUCUGCAUACUAUGUCACCAAAGUAUAUACAGGCAAUGAGAAAAAAGGCUCAUUUAGUCAUUAGAAUGUUGGAACAUCGGAUUGGUCAAGAAUUACUGCUGCAAGUGUUUAACAAACAAUUAGCUUUGGCUACGAAUGCUUCUACACAGAAAAUUGGCAGUGGAUUAUGGCAUCAUAUGCUAAUUUCUACAAAUGUCUUCACAAAAGCUAUAUUUACUGUUACCGGCAAAGAUAUGGCUGUUUUUGUUGAUCAGUGGGUGAGGACUGGUGGACAUGCCAGAUUUUCGCCGACAUCAGUUUUUAAUAGGAAAAGAAAUACUGUAGAGUUGGAAAUUGGACAGGAUGCAGUUAGUCAAAGAGGUAUUAGAAAAUAUGUUGGUCCAUUGCUAGUUACUUUGCAAGAACUUGAUGGAACUUUUAAACAUACUUUACAAAUUGAAAAUACAGUUGUUAAAGCUGACAUUACUUGUCAUUCCAAGAGUCGUAGAAAUAAAAUGAAAAAGAUUCCUUUGUGUACAGGAGAAGAAGUUGAUAUGGAUUUGAGCGCUAUGGAUGAUUCUCCAGUUCUCUGGAUUCGCCUGGAUCCUGAGAUGACUUUCUUACUUAGAUCAACUCAAAUCGACCAGCCAGAUUACCAAUGGCAGUACCAGUUGAGACAUGAGCGCGAUGUUAUUGCUCAGAUGGAAGCGAUUGAUGCAUUGGAACGCUACCCAACUCCUGCCUCGCGAAUGGCUUUGACUGUCACUAUUGAGAAUGAACAAGCAUUU